AAUUCGAAUGAUUUUCACAAUAGACUUUGUUCGCCCACCACCACCACCACCAUAACUGUCGACCUGCCAGCCUGCGUCUUUUUUGCAUAAGAACCCUACCUUGGCUGACUGACAGCUACACGGCCGUCCCGUCGGGGGCUCCAGCUACCACCUCCAUCACCACUACCACCCACCACCCCCCAUAUUUCUCCCCUCAUCUAAACCACCCACCCGACCACCAGUAGUCAGCCACAGUCUGAGCCCCGCAAGAGAGCACACAAGAGAAGAGCACCAUGAGUAACCUCGCCGUGGAGGACCGUCCCAGAAACGAUCAGUCCAACCCUUCCGCGAAGGCGGGCGCGCGAAAGAAGAUCCGACCCACUUACUCAUGCUUAAACUGCCACAAACGCAAAGUCAAGUGCGACCGAGUAAAGCCGUGCGGUGCCUGUUGCCUCCGCGGCACCCCGUCCGAGUGCGAGUACGGCACCAACAAGCGGGACCGUCACUACAUCCAGCAGUCGGCGCUAAUCGAAAAUCUACUUCGCUCAUGCGAGAGUUUGAAGCAGCAGCUUGCCGAGACGCGACAGCUCGCCAAUCUCCCUGCAAUCAAGGAUGAACAUGGCCCGUCCCAGAGCAGCCAGUCGGUUUAUUCCGCGAAGGAGUCGGAUGAUCCGGCCAACAACAAUGUCGAUGAGGAUGAGGACGAGGACGAGGACGAGGAUGACGAUGACGACAAUAAUGAUACCGUCGACAAGUCAUUGGAUGACAUAGCUCGGACCUCCAAGACGAAGUCCUUAGCAUCGCCGAGUGCCGUGGUGCUUCCCAACGACGAGCGCCGAGCACGGAAACAAAGUCGUGGUUCCUCUCCGCCAUGGGCGAGGGAAAAGGUCGUCCUCGCUGACCCAAAUCUAGCUAAUGCCCUAAUUGAAUUGUACGUGGAGCGUCUCGUCAACGAUUUCAGCCCGCAAAAUGUAAGCGGUACGAUCGCGCUACGCGAAGCACGACAGAUGCGCAUCUGUUCCCCCAUGCUUAAUAACGCCUUUGAGGCGGCGUCCCUCACCAUUGCGGGUCGACGCGAUGGCAAUCGAGCGGUCGAGGUGGCCGGUCACUGUCGAUACACCAAAGUCCUGCGCCUAUUGCAAGAAGCCUUGUAUGACCCCCAGAAGGGCAAGUCGACCGAGGUGCUGCUAGUCGUUCUGCUCGCGACCAUUAUUGAAGCUUUCAAGCAGACCUCGAAAGAUUCGCUCUUGAGGCAUCAGCUUGGCGGCCUGGAGCUUCUGCGAACGCGAACGCCAUAUCGACAUCGACAUGGGGUGGAGCGAUCGUUGUAUGUUGACCUUCGCAUGUAUUGGGUCACGGCUGCUUUGGUCCAUCGCAAGCCCACCUUCCUGGCCGACAAGGACUGGUUGACCGUGCCUUGGCCGGGCGAUGCACCCAGCAAGGACAUCUUGCAGCGGCUUUUGGAUGUCGCCGUUCAUAUUCCCGGGUACCUGUGCGAGAUUGACGAGUUUUCUGCCUUAUUGAAAGCCGACACCAAGUCUCCGGCGGAGCUGGUGACCAUGCAGACCAACAUCUGGGAACGCGCCCACGAACUCCAAGGUCAACUCCAGAUGUGGAAAGCCAUGUACGCCGACACCUACCCCAGUGGCGGUCCAUGGGAGGAAUCGGUCCACGACAUCGAUCCCACGGACGAUUUCCCCAUCUUCAGGUGCCGCAACCCGAGCACGAUGGAAGUGAUAGUGGCCAGGAACAUCUUCUAUCCGGACCUCCUCUUGGCCACAUCCUUGGGCUUCUACUGGGCGCUCAGCCUGAUCAUCUCCGCUACCGAUACGGGGCUGGUCGGUGUCCUGGGCCUGCAGGAGCGAUACCAAUUCGCCUGCAACAUCUGCCGCAGUAUGAAGUACUACACGCACAACAUCCCCGGCUGUCUCGUGUCGCGGGUGAUGUUCAUUCUGCGGACCGCGUUCGAUAACUUUGCGGAUGGGAUGGUCGAGAAGGACUCGAUGGGCGAUCUAUUUGCCUACAUCGGGCGGAAGUUCGAGUUUCCCGCCUUCUCUAACAAGUGCACCUCAUCCUCGAUCAAAGUCGAGGAAUGAUCAUUUCCGGUCCUGUCUUUUUUCUUUGCCUACCAUGAGCGACUUCCAGAUCUACCUUGCGUUUUGACGACAAUGAUGACCUGGGCUUUUUAUUAUUACCUUACGUGCGUGCAAGCAAAGAGGGGGUUGAGAAAUGGGUCCAGAUCUCGAUCUCGAUCUGGAGUCCAUCGAUAUGGAAUGAUGGGAAUGUUGGGAUCUUUCGUAUUAUUAGCUCUAGCUACCUUGGUUCGGCUAUGGUGUAUAUCCUGGAUAGUUUGAAUGAUGGAUGGACCCUGGGAGCAUGUCGUACAGUCCGCCCAUCCGUCUCGGGAGGCCUCCGUACCGUAGAUAGUCACUGUCACACAUACAUCUGUACCGUGGGACAAGUACGACAAGAGUUCCUUCCUUCCUUCCUUCCUUCCUGCCGCUCUUCCUCCCUUCCCCAUACCUAGAUACCAAUAUCCACUCUGAAGGCAACCCCGG